AUGGAAGAGCAGUUUGUCACUUUAAAUAUAAAAGACCCAAGAGAGCGUCUAGUUAGCCGAGUUGCUGCCUGUAUGCUGCGCGAGCCUAAUUACUAUGCGAAGGCUGAACAAAAAAUCGCAGACAUCAUAGCAGAUCUUAACGAAGUAGCCACAAUUGAUCCAGAGUUUAUCUGCCAACUUGCUUACUACACCCGAAAUGAACUUAACAUCCGUUCAGCUUCCAAUUUCAUACUGGCAUUCGCUGCUACUCACCCAGAAGCCAAAAAGCACCUCAAACAAUAUUUUUCGGCUACAAUCCGUCUUCCUUCUGACCUAACCGAAACUGUUGAGCUCUAUCAAAGCUUUGUAGGCCAUGAGCAGGAAAACAAAAUAGCAAUCCCCAACUGUCUUCAGAAACUGAUUGCAGAUAAAUUCAAGACUUUUUCUAUUUACCAUCUAGGAAAAUAUUGUUCUGAAGGGAAACGCAAAAGAGGUUUACUUAAGCUCAAAUUUAAGCCUAAGGGUGAUAACAGUGCAGCUACUAAGAAAAAGACGAUAUCAUUCAAACAGCUUGUAAGACUUUGCCACUUAAAAGAGCCAGCUAGCAAUGUGAUGUCAAUUCUCGGAAAAAGAUAUCCUGAAAACCCGGACGUUUUUGCUACAUCUGGAUUGGCGGUAGGUGGAGAAUUCAAUCCCUCACUUGCUAAUAAAAGAAUGAAAAUUCCGACACCUGUAACAUGGGAGACUCAGCUCAGCGAGAUGGGAAAUAAGCCUGAAGUCUGGGAGGACCUUAUAAAGUCAAGAAAGCUGCCGUUUAUGGCAAUGCUGAGGAAUUUGAGAAAUCUGCUGAUAACUGGAGUCGACUCAGAAAUUCAUGGAGCUGUUCAGAGUAGAUUGAGAGACCCAGAUCAAAUUCAAAAUUCUAGGCUGUUCCCAUUUAGAUUCUAUUCAGCUUAUACUGCUUUAAAUAUCAAUAUUGAAGAAUUACAAAAGCUAAAAGAAGACCCAAACUAUGAGCCUCCCGCACCUUCUGGAAAAAGAGGUUUGAAAGAAAAGCACAAAAGAAAAAAAAUAGUCCCAAAAGUAGUCCCAACUGAAGAAACUGUUGAAAACUAUAAAAAUGCUCUAGAAGAGGCGGUCAAGCUUUCAACAGCUUUAAACGUAAAGCCAGUCAAAGGCAAUUCAGUCAUUUUCGCUGACGUCUCAGGCUCCAUGGGCACUAAAAUUUCGGGAGAGGGUGGAUCAGGCAGUGAUAUUUCUUGCAAAGAAGUUGGAAUUCUACUAGGACUUAUGAUGCGCCAUGUCUGUGAAAACUCUGAAUUUGUCGUUUUUUCAUCGCCAACUACAGCAAGUCCAAAAUGCUGGAAAAAGGUUGAGCUUGAAGGCGAGAAUAUUCUUAACCUUAUAAACGAAGUGAAUCAAGUUGCCAGUACUCUGGGAGGGGGAACUGAUUUUCCUUUUGACUAUAUAAACCAAGCAAUAGAGAAUAGAGUUCAUUUUGACAAUAUGUUCAUAUUUUCUGAUAUGAUGAUUUCCCCAGGAAGUGGGCAGAUGAAUCACACACAAAGUGGAAGAAAUUGGACUGUUGAGCAGAUUCUUAAGACUUAUAGGGAAACAGUCAAUCCAAGCAUGAAAUUCAUAAGCAUAAACUUAGCGGGGCAUGGGAAAACUAUAGGUGCAGAUCUUGAGGAUGAACAGAAAAAUAUUUUGGUGACAGGAUAUAGCGAUUCUAUCUUAAGACUUGUAUCUCAGCUCCAAAUCUCUCAAGUAGACGCUGUCAAAGAAGCUGCUAAAUCAUUAAUUAAAACUUAA